AGCGGGUCUGGAGGGAUCAAGGAUCUAUCGUUUGGUUCGUCGUGGUUAUUAACGCUGCUCCAAGUUUCCGCGUGGUGAAGUUUUCCUGGUGAUCGUGAUGGUAUGAGGACAGUGACGGUCAGAAGUUGCGGGCCCAGCGAGGUCGAGGAUGAAGAUGGUUGUGGGUGUGAUGGUGCUGGGUCAGCUACUGACAAGGCUGCUACUAGCAGCUCAUGUUGGAGAUCGUCUUGCUGCCGCCCGCAGGAUAUUGAGAGACGUUCCCCUUAUAGAUGGACACAACGAUCUUCCCUGGAACAUUCGAAAGUUCUUGAAAAAUCAACUCAGGGACUUCAAGUUCGAAGAUUUACGAGACGCACACCCUUGGGCACGAAGUGCCUGGAGCCACACUGAUCUUCGAAGACUUAAAGACGGGAUGGUCGCUGCACAGUUCUGGUCUGCCUACGUUCCCUGUUCCUCUCAGUACUUGGAUUCUGUACAGCUGGCGCUAGAACAAAUCGACUUGAUACGGCGGCUUGUGAACAAGCAUCCUCAGAACAUGGUGCUGGUUACGACGGCUGCAGGUAUAGAAAUUGCGCACAAGGAAGGUCGACUGGCUAGUUUGAUCGGGGUGGAAGGUGGUCACGCCGUGGGAAACAGCCUGGCCGUUCUUAGGAUGCUAUACGAGUUGGGAGCGCGAUAUCUCACCCUUACACACACCUGCAAUACGCCUUGGGCAGACUGCAGUACAGUGGAUGAACCCGGGCAAGUACCUCAUAUCGGCGGUCUCUCCAAUUUCGGAAAGAGCGUCGUAUUGGAGAUGAACAGGUUGGGAAUGAUGGUGGAUCUCUCACACGUAUCUGUACCAACCAUGCUGGACGCGAUGGAUGCUUCGAGAGCUCCGGUCAUAUUCAGUCACAGCAGUGCUCACGCUCUUUGUAAUUCUUCGCGAAAUGUGCCUGAUCAUGCACUACGUUUCCUCGCUCGCAAUGGAGGAAUAGUGAUGGUCUCAUUUUAUCCCCAUUUCAUCAGUUGCGGAGAGAAAUCAACGCUCCAAGACGUUGCCGCGCAUAUCAACCACAUACGAAAAGUCGCGGGAAUAGAUCACAUUGGGAUCGGAGCCGGCUAUGAUGGAAUUAAUUUGACUCCCGUCGGUUUGGAGGACGUAAGCAAAUAUCCAGACCUUUUUGCAGAGCUUUUGGCAAGAGGCUGGUCGGAAAAGGAUGUCCAGAAGCUUGCCGGUCUCAACCUCAUCAGAGUUUUCAAAGCCGUUGAACAGGUGAGGGACCGCAUGGCAGGUGAAGGGAUCGAGCCGCUGGAGGAGGAAAUCCCUCGUGACGAUGUUAUAGGAAGAUUAUAUUGUCGAUAUCCAAUAACGCCAUCAACAAUUCCCUGAACAACUAUUUAGAAGAAAGUUGACAGCUGGUUGAACGCGAGCAACGAAUGUCUAAGUUGCGACAGAAAUUUUCUCUAGCAAUACAAAGAAGCCUGGGAAUAAAGAGAAGCAAAUUAUGAUGGGUGUACCAGUGAUUCGACCAUUAUGGGCCCCGCUUCCUUACCAGAAGUUUAAGCUCUCUUCCUUACGAUGCAUCCACCGAGGCAAUUGCUUUCCGAAGUAAUUGUACCGUCGAGAGGUGUGUGAAUAUUCGCUUACGUAUUGCCAUUACUUGGGCAUAAGUAGUUUGUUGUAAAAGAAAUUGAUUCUUAUGGAAAUGAGCGCGUCUCCAAGUUUGAAUUUAUGGGAGUGAGGAGUGCGGGAAAACUCUGGCAUUGUAAACGAAAAAAGUUCCUUUCUAAAAAUUUAA